AUGCGCUCCCUGCCCGCCCACUCCGACCCCGUCUCCGGCAUCGGCUUCUCCCACGACGGCACCCUCGUCGUCAGCUGCUCCACCGACGGCCUCAUCCGCAUAUGGGACACGUACACCGGCCAGUGCCUCUCGACCCUCGUCCACGAGGACAACCCCGCCGUCACGGCCGUCUGCUUCGCCCCCAACAGCCGCUUCGUCCUCGCCUUCAACCUCGACGGCUGCAUCCGCCUCUGGGACUACGUCGCCGGCACCGUCCGCAAGACCUACCAGGGCCACAAGAACGCCGGCUAUGCCGUCGGCGGCUGCUUUGGCCUGCUGCCCGACGGCGGCGCCUUUGUCGCGUCGGCGAGCGAGGACGGCGACGUCGUCCUCUGGGACGUGUCCUCCAAGGAGGUCGUCCAGAGGCUGCACGCCCACCCCGGCCUCGUCUGCUUCUGGGUCGAUGUCAGGGGCGACACCAUGGUGACGGCUGGCCAGGACGGGUCCCUGUGCGUCUUUGUCCACGCCACAGAGGCGACCGCCGCGCUGACGAACGGCAGCGGCGGCGCCCAUGGGCACGCGGAGAACGGCGUGACGCCGCCAUUGGCGCCCGCCGAGACGAGCCGGAGCGCCGAGCCGCCCAUCAAGAUGGAAGACGACGACGUGCGAUGGACGGCACGAGCGCGUGAGCAUAGGCUGCGCCGUCUAGCCUGCAUCGGCGUGCAUGAGUGA